CGACCCAACCGAACCAACACUGACCCAUGCCAGUUCGAUUGAAACAUGCUGGUAUAAAAUCCUCCAACAGGUUCUCAUUUCAGAGGCACCUAGUUUUUCACACAACUCAUCUCAUCUCAGUCCUCUCGCAUUGUGUUAUAAGAGAGAUGAGCUCCCAAAUCUUCAGAUCUGCUUCUAGAGUAGCCAGGUCUCUUCUUUCUUCAGCCAAGAAUGGUCGUUUCUUAUCAGAAGGCCGAGCUGUUGGUGGAGCAACAGUGGUGCAUGCGUCUGGAAAAGUCCCACAGUAUGCAUCCAGCUUUCGGAAAUCGAGUUCUGGCUUCGAGUCUAAGAGCUGGAUUACCGGACUCCUCGCUCUUCCUGCUGCAGCCUUCAUGCUCCAAGAUCAGGAAGUACUUGCUGCAGAGAUGGAACGCACUUUCAUCGCUAUUAAACCUGAUGGAGUGCAGCGAGGACUGAUAUCAGAAAUCAUUUCCCGGUUCGAACGCAAAGGAUACAAGCUAGUUGGUAUCAAAGUCAUGGUUCCUUCGAAGGGUUUUGCGCAGAAGCAUUACCAUGAUCUAAAGGAGAGACCAUUCUUCAACGGCUUGUGUAACUUCCUUAGCUCAGGCCCUGUUAUUGCUAUGGUAUGGGAAGGUGAAGGAGUGAUUAGAUACGGACGUAAACUGAUAGGAGCUACAGAUCCUCAGAAAUCUGAACCUGGAACUAUCCGAGGCGAUCUCGCAGUUGUUGUUGGAAGGAACAUAAUCCAUGGAAGCGAUGGACCAGAGACAGCUAAAGACGAGAUCAGCUUGUGGUUUAAGCCUGAAGAACUCGUUUCUUACACCAGCAAUGCUGAGAAGUGGAUCUACGGCCAGAACUGAACUAAUCCUAAUUUCUCCCUUUUAUCAGCCGUUAAAUCAGAAUUAAAUAAUCACUGAACAAAAUGAUUUUGACGAUGUAUUGUCCCAAAAUCAUGAUCCUGAGUCAAUAUUAUUACACCAAACGAAGACAUUCAUUGUAUCACAAGUUCGCAAGUUCACAAUUUUCAAAUUUCGAGACUAGUAAACUACUUUGUGAAUCAGCUUUUCCAAAGCAAUAAAUAAAACUCAAACUGAUCCAAACCGAGUA